UUGAAGCUUCAAGGCUGCCUUCACUCCCUCGUUUCUUCCUUCCUUCCCUUUUUUUUUUUUCUUCUAUAAAUACGAGUGGUCGUCACCAUCUGCGUACAAAAACCCCUCUCCCCUCCACCUCUAGUGAGUGCAUGAGAAUUGGAACAAGUUUCUCCUCCUAAUCCUACAUAUAAUUUUAUUCUCUACAUAGGGCCGCAAGAUGGUAAGAGUUGAAAUUCGAACAAAACAGUCAACUAUUGUGCGACCUGCCGAAGACACGCCAGAAAAAAGCCUAUGGAGCUCAAAUCUGGACCUCUUGGUGCCAAUGGUACACAUCCCAACAAUAUACUUCUACAAGCCAGUUAAUGGUUCUUCCAAUUUUUUUGACCCUCAAGUGCUCAAGGAGGCUCUGAGCAAGGCUCUUGUGCCAUUCCACCAUAUGGCAGGGAGAUUAGAGAAGGAUGAAAAUGGUAGGAUGUCGAUAUUGUGUAACGCCAAAGGGGUUUUAUUUGUCGAGGCUGAAACAAGCUCUACCAUUGAUGAAGUGGGUGAUUUUACUCCCCACUCUGAGAUGCUGCAGUUCAUUCCAGAAGUCGAUCGUUCAAGCAUAUUUUCCUAUCCUCUACUACUCGCACAGGCAACCUUCUUCAAAUGUGGAGGAGUAUGUCUUGGAGUUGGCUUACACCAUAUCUUGGGAGAUGGAACUUCUGCAAUCCAUUUUAUCAACUCAUGGUCUGAAAUAGCAAGAGGACUAUCUGUUACCACCCCACCGUUCAUUGACCGUACCUUGCUUGAUGCUCGAGUUCCUCCUGUCCCUGCUAUGCAUCACGUAGAAUACGACCCCCCUCCUACCUUGAACACCCAUAACUCCGGUGACCAAACCCUAGAAAUCCAAUCAAAUCCGAAACCCACUUGUGCAAAAAUCCUCACCAUCACAUUUGAUCAACUCCGGACCCUAAAAAACAAGUCUAGAAAAGGCGUUGUUGAUGGCACUAUCAACUAUAGCACCUUUGAAACCCUAGCAGCACAUAUUUGGCAAUGCACCUGCAAGGCACGUGGAAUCUCGAACGACCAAGCAACAAAAUUACACAUUCCAACAGAUGGGCGAUCUAGAUUGAACCCACCAUUGCCAGCUGGAUACUGUGGCAAUGCUCUUUUCACAACAGCAGUUUUAGGUUUAUCAGGCGAAAUCCAAUCAAAGCCAUUGGUGGAUACCAUAGCAAAAAUCCGUGGAGCAUUGAAAAGAAUGGACAAUGAAUAUUUGAGAUCAGCCAUUGAUUAUUUGCAAGUCCAGGCUGAUUUAGAAGCUUUGAAGCGAGGGCCACACACAUUUAAGAGUCCAAACCUCAAUAUUGUGAGUUGGAUGACAAUGCCGAUAUAUGAUGCUGAUUUUGGUUGGGGUCGACCUUAUUUUAUGGGGCCAGCAAUUGUUGGCUUCGAGGGCAUGGCUUACAUUGCUCGAUGCCCAAAUAAUGAUGGGAGCUUAAUGAUAUUUACCUGCUUAGAAAGCAAUCACAUGGAACUCUUCAAGAAGUCCUUUUACGAUUUCUAAUUCGCAAGUUCAU